UUGAAUUGCCUCACCCAACAACAUCAUCUUCCCUGUGAGCUCAUCCAGACAAACACUUAAUCCCUUCAUUUCCCUAAUCACGGAGGAAUGCUUGAGAUUAUAAAAGUUCAGGAAUAGCACAUUUAAGUGCAUAAAGCAGGGAAAAUGAGUACGGGGAAGCCGAGUGGUAUCAAACCACCCACUAAGAUUGGUAAACCAUCAACAGGGUCAACCAAGACCUCACCCACUGCAGCUGGCCCCAAAUCUGUAACCUCCCCGACCUCCAAUAGUGCCCAAGAUGCAGAAUCAGACUUCUCUGUUGGCGAACGAGUUUGGGUCAAUGGAAAUAAACAAGGCUACGUGCAGUUCAUCGGUGGGACACAGUUUGCUCCGGGUCAAUGGGCGGGCAUAGUUCUAGAUGAACCCAUUGGGAAAAAUGACGGAUCUGUGUCUGGCAUCCGCUACUUCCAGUGCGAGGACUUGCGUGGCAUAUUCACUCGGCCAUCCAAACUAUCCCGCAGUCCAGUGGCAGAGCAUAAGGCCAAUGGUGCUUUGACACCCGCCAGCCAGACCGCGGCCAAUCAGGCUUCUCCUGCCAAAGAUGCCAUUCCAGACACUCAAACCACCAAUGCAACUGCAACCACCAAGUCCUCAACAAACUUGAUUAGAACUGCCAGCGAGUCUGCCUCUAAUCUGUCUGAGACGGAUUCGGCCAAGAAACUACAACGGGAACUUAAGUUGGGCGAUCGUGUGCUGGUGGGCGGGACCAAAGCAGGUGUUGUGCGGUUUCUGGGUGAAACUGACUUUGCGAAAGGGGAAUGGUGUGGAGUUGAACUGGAUGAGCCACUUGGCAAGAAUGAUGGGGCAGUGGCUGGCGUGAGGUAUUUUCAGUGUCUCCCAAAGUAUGGACUAUUUGCUCCAACGCAUAAAGUGACUCGCAUUGGUUUCCCAUCCACCACGCCAGCCAAAUCCAAAAUAUCAAGGCGCAGAUCAACACUAAAGAACAGUCACAGUGCCUCCUCCGUCAGCUCCCUCAGCUCCGUCGCCUCCUCAGUCGGGGGCAAACCCAGCCGAGCAGGCCUGCUCACAGAGACGUCUGCACGUUACGCGCGGAAGAUCUCAGGCACCACGGCCCUGCAAGAGGCCUUGAAGGAGAAACAGCAGCACAUUGAGCAGCUCCUGGCUGAGCGAGAUCUGGAGAGGACGGAGGUGGCCCGAGCCACCAGCCACGCUGGAGAGGUGCAGCAGGAGCUGGUUCUGCUCAGACAGGGCCAAGAACAGUAUUCUCAUGAGAUGGAAGCUAAGUUGGACCAGUUGCGCAGACUUGUUGAGACUGCAGACAGAGACAAAGUGGAGCUGAUGAAUCAACUAGAAGAGGAAAAAAGAAAAGUGGAGGACCUGCAGUUCCGAGUGGAAGAAGCUUGCAUUACCAAAGGUGACCUAGAGACGCAGACCAAACUGGAGCAUGCCCACAUUAAGGAGCUCGAACAGAGUCUUCUGUUUGAAAAGACCAAAGCAGAUAAACUCCAGAGGCAGUUAGAGGACACUAGGGUAGCUACGGUAUCCGAGCGCUCUAGGAUCAUGGAGCUGGAAAGAGUGGUGGCUGAUCUGCAGCUUCAGCUCAGAACUCUACGAGCCGAGAGCGCCGGAUCAUCCUCACCUCCAUUACAAGAUAAGAAGAUCAAGGAGCUGAACUUUGAGCUGGAGAGCAAACAAAAAGAGGUUCUUCUUUUCCAGCAGAAACUCACCUCUUCUGAGCAGGAGAAGUCCUCUUUUCAACAACAGCUUGAAGACCUGAAACAGAAGUUUGACACAGUAUCAGAAGAAUAUAAGAAAACAAAUCUAGCCAUGCAAGAGAUGGAGAAAAACAUGAAAAUGGACAGAGAAAAGCUGAAUCAGGUUUCCAGAGAGAAGGAGGACCUGGAUAGGGAGGUAGCUGCCCGACAGAAGCAGGAUCAGUUGGAGGGUGAGGAGAGAGAGUUUCAAAUAAAGGAGUUGAAAGAGAAGUUGAGUAGAACAGCAGAGAGGAACAGCGAACUUGAACAGCAGCAUGUGGAACUGCAGGCCUACAAGGACCAAAUGCAGAGUUCACAGUCUGCAGAAAAGCUGGAGCAACUGACACAGAGAAACAAGGAGUUGCAGAAGGAGCUUGAAGCCCUGAAGCAGCAGAACUCGCAGUAUCAGGAACAGUUGAGUUCAGAAACGCAGCGCAUCGGAAGCCUUCGCAAAGAAAUUGAAGAGCUGCACCUGGCAGCCAGUCAGAAGUCUCAGAGGCAGGUGUCGCUUCAGGACGAUAAAGGGAAGUUGGCUCAGGACCUGGAUGUAUGUCGGCAGGAUGUCCACACGCAGCAGAAGGACGAGACACUCACCAGCCAGCUGGAGAUUACAGAGAGGGAGAACUCCAAUGCAUUGAUGUCUGAUAAAGACAAAGAGCUCGAGAGACUACGAAAAGAGAUCGCAGUUUUGCGAGGAGAGAACGCCAUGGCCAAAACGCUCCAAUCGGCUGUGAAGUCUCUGGAGAGGGACAAAGCUCAGCUGCAGAGCCGAGUGAACAGCCUGGAGCAGAAACCAGAGGGACGGCAGAUGGGGAAUGGAGACGGAGUUAUUACAGGGGAUGCUGCUAUUGACCAACUUAGAGAAGAGAAAGAGUUUGCAGAGGGACAGAUCAACUUCCUGAACUCGGUUAUUGUGGAUCUCCAGAGGAAGAAUGAAGAACUGAAGGAGAAACUGAAGAAAAUGGCGUUGACAGAGUUCAACGGAAAUUAUGAGAAUGACGGUGAGGUGAAAAAGAAGAAAGCCCCGCCUCGUGUCUUCUGCGACAUCUGCGACUGCUUUGACCUGCACGACACGGAGGACUGUCCCACGCAGAUGCAGUCGCCAGAUUCCCCUCCCCAUACUACCUAUCACGGCAGCCGUGGAGGUGAGCGACCGUACUGCGACAUCUGCGAGGCGUUCGGUCACUGGACAGAUUCUUGCAACGAUGACCAAACCUUCUGAACUUCCCCUCAAAUCUCCAACUGAGAUCAGGCAAUGCACAGAUCGCUUUCAACCAGAUAUUUUGCUAUUUUUGUAUACAGCGUAUAUACAUUCAAACAUUUUGUACAUUCCCUUUAAUGUGUCCGGCCGAAUGAAGGCAAUAUUUGUGACCUCAUUAUAGGCAUAUUUAAUUCAGUGAUUGGUGUCCAGUCAACAAAAAGUGCAUAUACUGCAGGAAUAUUAGUAUGGAAGUAUGCUAUUCCAAACAUUGCCACAGUGUUUACAAUCUUUGGGAAGUCAACCUGCGAAUGGUUUACUUAGAGUUUUCUCUUCACAUUAAACUAGGAUAUUUUAACAUUGAAAAAAUUACAAAUUAAGAACUCAUAACGAACUUUUACUGUUUAUAAAAAUGGUAAAACCAGUGCACCAAAUAAAUAUUAAGCUAACCCCUACUAACUUAUUGCACUUUUCACUUUAAAUACAUACAGCACACAAGUUUAGCUGCCGUUCUUGGGAACUAAGUUAUUCUUUUUACUGUUAAAUAUUGAACAUGUAAUCAUGAUAUUUUGGCUUUUUGUGUAUUUUGAUGUUAUGUCUUGUAGAUUACAGGCCUGUUCUUUUCGGCAUGAAAAAUAUGCACAGCAAGAUUUUAAAGAGGAAGUUCACCCAAAAAAUGACAUUUCUGUCAUCAUUCACUCACCCUUAUUUUGUUCCAAAUGGUAGCCUCACCAUUCACUUUCAUUGCAUCUUUUUUCUAUAUAAUUAAUGGUGAUUUCACUUUUUUUGUAUGGAAAAGAAAUUCAAAUGGUUGGAACAACACAAGGUGUACUGUCCCUUUAAGGCCACAUCCACGCUAAUCCGUUUCCAGUUUGUAAUGAUAUUGUUUUACAAAGUAUUGCGAGCAUUUUCAAAAUGUUCCAUUUCAGUGGAGGAAAAUGCCUUUCUAUUAGUGUGGUUGUGGCCUAAGAUACCAUUUUUUUCUAGGUCCAUUUAGUUAAAUUGUUGAAAUGCAAACAAUUUUUCAGGUAUCCAGACUUUUUAGAAAAUAAAGACAAUUCUGAACUCAGUCUGAAAAAUCUUGGUGCAAAUUUUUUAUAUUUUUUUAAAGAUAUUUUAGAUGUUAUUGUGUGUCAUCAUAUCGGACUUUGUGUGAACAGGCCUUUACUAAUUGCACAACUUUAAAGCACAAGAUCAUAUAAAAUCUCUUAUUAUUGAUGUAAUAAUAUACGACAAAGUUUAUUUAGCAACCUAAUGAACAGCAAUUGUUAGAAUUGGUGACCCGCACUGAAAUGGUACACAUAUGUAUAAUAUUCAUAUUCCCCUUUUGUUAAAAUCAAUUUAAUUGCAUUAACUGCAAAUAUGUGGUCUGUUUUUACCAAAAUAUUGUGACAGUCUUUAACUAUUGUACUGUUUCAUGUACUGUAUAUUCACAUGAACUCAAUAGAAAUAUUGAACAACUUGUUUUCUGAAUGUUUAUUCCAGCAAUGUUUUGGUAACUGGUAGUCAAGAACUCCAUUUUAUCUCAGCCAGCAGUGACCAAAGAGACAUUUUAUCUAAAAUGACAUGGUUCAUUUUUGUUAAAAGAACGCAUUUUUUAAGUGCUUUGUUGCAUACAGAAGUUUAUAAUUUAGGGUCAG